GCAAUAGUUGAAGAUAUUGAUGAGGAUGGGUCAGGACAACUUGAGUUUGAAGAGUUUGUUAUGCUUAGUGCAAGGUUUCUAGUGGAAGAAGAUGAAGAAGCAUUGAAGAAAGAAUUAAAAGAUGCUUUCAGGAUUUAUGAUAAGGAAAGGAACGGGUAUAUAACUACUGGAACUCUGAAGGAAAUUCUUCAUGAGCUUGAUCCUAAAUUGACCCAGGAGGAGCUAAACGGAAUCAUAGAGGAGAUUGAUGAGGAUGGAAGUGGAACUGUAGAUUUUGAUGAGUUUGUUGAAAUGAUGACUGGUUAAAUGACCGGAUAAAUGAUCGGUUAAAUGACCGAUUAAAUGACAGGUUAAAUGACCGGUUAAAUGACCAGUUAAAUGACCGGAUAAAUGACCGGUUAAAUGACCAGUUAAAUGACCGGAUAAAUGACCGGUUAAAUGACCGGAUAAAAUAUCCUCAUAAUGUAAUCUUCAAUCUUGAAAUUUAAAUAAUUGUUAAUUAAUUAAAAAUUGCUCUUAAUGAUCAUAAUUGUUCAUAAUGUUCACGUUUUUUUUUCUUUCAAUUUUUUAGCCAUGCAUUAAUAAAGUCUUCUUUUAUUUUGUAUUCUUAAAAAAAAUUAUUAUACACGAUUUUGAAAAAACUUGUAAUUUUACAUAUGUAAUAAACACUAACAUAAAA